AAUAAAUAAACAAAAAUAUUUUGAAGACAUGCGAUGUUCAAUCUUCCAUCAGAAUUAAGGUUGCAUUGAGAGAGUAGAUACACAUGGAUUUGCUCAACCCCAACUGCUUCUUUCGGCUAAAAUCUUGCAAUCUUCACAUGCCGUCUCCGUCCCGAUUCCUCGGAAGAGAUAUACAUAUUUGUCGAAAGUUCUCCACCAAAUUAUGCUCUACUUGUUUUUAUUUUCUUGUCAUUUUCAUCUCUAAAGAGAUAUGGAGGUUGUAUAAGAGCUUUGGCUAGUCAGGAAUCGGGCCAAAAAGUUGAGAAAACGACAGAAAAUGCAGAAAGAGGAGCAGGAUUUACUGCAGAGAGAGGAGAAUUUAGAUGAAAAUGAAGCUAAGACUGUCUUCUUCUGAAACUGAUGAAGUUCAGCCUUUAGUUGUAGUCCCAUCGAGGAGUGCUGUGCUUCAAGCAUGCACUUUCACUUCUGCUUCCAUAGCUGCUUUGGGGCUUUUCAUUAGGCAGGUUUCUCAUUUUGCAUCGAGAGAGGGAUGGCCUGUUCUUGACUGUUCUGAGGAUAUAACUUUUAGUUUCGAGUCAUGGCAUUUUGGAUUGAUUAUGGGAUCAGUUAUUCUGGUAUCAUCAUGUCGUCUCUUGCUACUGAGGAUAUGGCCAGAUUUUGCAGAGUCUAGUAAAGCAGCUAAUCAGCAGGUUCUUACUUCAUUGGAGCCUCUCGAUUACUUGGUCGUAGCAUUUUUACCUGGAAUCAGUGAGGAACUUCUCUUCCGUGGGGCAUUAUUGCCUCUGUUUGGCAUUAACUGGAUGAGUAUCUUCGCAGUUGCGGCACUAUUUGGUGUCCUACACCUGGGAAGUGGCCGGAAAUCUUCGUUUGCAGUCUGGGCAACUUUUGUUGGGAUUGUGUAUGGUUAUGCGACAAGUUUGUCGUCAAGUAUCGCUGUGCCUAUGGCUUCUCAUGCGCUGAACAACUUGGUUGGAGGCGUUAGCUGGCGUCUCUCGUCCGACUCACUGAAAGCAGAUUAGGUAAUCGCUUGCUGCUGCAUCUUGUAAAAGCAUUUUAUCAUACAAAAUGAACUAAAACAGUGAGCCAUUGCUUUAGCAGCGCAAAUGUUGUGCUGCAUUACUCAUUGUUUCUUUACUUUGCUGCUCUAGUCUUGCAGAACUGAAUAAAUGAUAAUGUACCAAAAUAUUGUACAUAGGAUCUCCAAUAUGUUUUUAUUUGUUAAA